AUGGCUAACAAAGGUGGCUGGAAGUUUAGAAAACCUCGAGGCUCCAGAGCUUGUACAGUUUGUCGAUUAAGGAAGGUCAGAUGUGAUGCAGAAACACAGAUGCCUUGUUCGAAUUGUAUUUCAUUUGGAUCGGAUUGCAGGUUUCCUGAACCUAGAAGAAAGAAGGGCAGUAAUAUUGCAUCCAACUCACCUCAACCUGGUAGUCCUUCGGUACAAAUGGACGACAGGGAAAAUCAUUUACCCAUAGUUAAUACUUAUGGUAACUCUAUCCAAACAAAUAAUUAUUCAACUAUUGGACUACACAAUACGUAUAACGAAGGAACCAAUAUACCAGUUCCACAGUCAUAUCAGGUGCAGCCAGGUAAUCAAGUUAAUCAUUUGAAUCAGAUGCAUCACCAGCAUAUAUUACCCGUGCAAGUGCAACAACAAGCACAACAAUUCACACCGAUGGUACAAGACCAUAAUAUGCAGCAAAUACGACCACAGGCACAGAAUAGUAAUCAUAUGUUAGGUAUGGCACCAAAUCAGCAGUAUGUUGCACCCUCAAAUCAGUCAUAUACUGCUCCACUAAUUAAUCAACUGUAUGUGCCGUCUCUGUCGAUACAACUGCAAGGUCAACCUUGGCUACAACAUCCAGCGAAUAAGCUUGAGAAUAUCAAUACACCCUCAUAUAUUCCCAAUGACCCACUAACUAACAUAUCUGUCAGAAAUGUCAUGCCCCAGUAUAAUCCAUCUGAUAUGAACACUCCGUCUAAUAAUGGAGUGAAAGUGGCUCCUAGGAGAAAGUUGAGUAAAUACUUAUAUUUGGGACCUACAUCUUGUUAUUCAUAUUUUGCAGAUGAUUGGCGCUUCAAGGGAAAUGAAGAAAAACAUAACAAAAAUAUUGUCGAGUUGGGAUAUAAUAAGUCAUCCAGUAUUGAUCCAAGAGAGAUUAUUACAGAAUUACAAGUAUUGAAUAUAAAGGGAGCAUUCAGUUUACCUUCCAGGCCAGUCAUUCUAAACAUAUUUGAAGCGUUCUUUGAUGCCAUAUAUCCGCUGAUUCCUUUAAUUAAUAAAGAUAUCUUCAUGAAUCAUUUUAAUGAUCCAAAUCCAGACAAGCAACCUCCUCUAAUAUUGAUACAGGCAAUACUUUUGGCAGGAUCAAAAUAUUCACAGCAUCCAGCGAUAGUUAACUCGCAUAAUAGUAGUUCGGCUGCAAGCUUUGCAUUUUAUCAAAGGGUUAAGGCGUUAUAUGAUUCCACGGUAAAAUUUGAAUACGUUGGUGAUGGUGACGACGACGAUGGACAUUUAGCUUUUAACUAUCCAACAAUGUUAGUACAAGUUUCUUGUUUAUUAUCGUGGCAUUGGGUUGAUCCUGAAGAUAUAUCUAGGGGUAUAUAUUUUUGGAUCAGAAAUGCUAUUACUAUUGCUCAGACAUUCGGAUUUCAUACUAAUAUGGCGGAAGCACCUUUUGUUCAAGAUUUAUUGCACAAGUACAACAACAACGAACAACAAAUCUAUAAAAUUCAUCAACAGAUAUUCAAUUGGAAAAAGAUAUGGUGGUGGUUAUAUUGCAGAGAUAAAUCUGCGGCAAUGAGUUUUGGAAGACCCUUAACAAUUGACAUACAUGAGACAUCUUGUGGUGUGCCUUCUAUGAAAGAUUUUGAAAAGUACGAAUCAGAAAAUUGGUCAGUGGAGAAUAAACGAGAUAGACUUCUUGCAGAAUAUUUUAUCCAUAUAAUCUAUCUAUCUGAAAUUUUGGACUUGGUAAUAAAAGAGCAGUAUCAGACUAGACAUCCUCACAAUACUGAAGUCGCCAUGUCUAGAAAUACGAAGGUAGUUAAACAACUAAAUUUAUUAAUGGGUAUAUUCUUCAAGAACUUACCAUCUGAACUCAAAUUCACCGCUAAUGAUCCUAAAUCUAUGAAUGCGUUUUCUUGUUUAUUAGGACCCUUAUAUUAUAUUACACUUUACCAUAUCAAUAGGGUGAAGCUAAUUACCACCCAGGAGGACAAUAAUAAGUAUUGGGGAAUUUCAUUUCAAGCAGCAUAUAUGACAUCACUCAUCGCUCAAUAUUUAAGUGAUAGAAUGAGUACAGGAGAGAAAUUGAUGUUGUCGCCUCUGUUGGUGUAUACCAUGUCCAUGGCAAUGAUUAUCCUAUCGUUUCACACCGACUCUACCAAUAGAAUUGUUGCUCAAACUGCAUCAAAACAAAUGCAUAUAUGCUUAAAAUUUUCAAAACAAUUCCAUGCUUCAUGGCCAGGUGUUGCUUAUCUGUUAGUUACAUUUUUUACAGAGAGAUUGAACAAAGAAGAUAAAAAAGAUGAUAUGGUUUCAAGGGCUAAAGCCGUAUUGGUCAAAGCGUGUGAAGAUUUCAAAUCAGACGAAGAAAGAGGAAAGUCAGAUCAUCUGAGACAUCUGAAAACAUUUGAUUUGAACUUUAUGCUAAACGAAUCUGAUGAUCGAGCCAAUCCUGAUGUUUCUGAUAUUUCAAGUAACGGGGACCAUGGUUAUGACCAUGACGAUGAAGACUUGAGUUUGCCUAUGCACAACAUAGUAACUAUUGAGCUUCCACCAGUAGAUUCCGAUUUUUACAAAGCAUUUAGUGCUACACAAUUGUUCCCUAAGGACACAGCAAAGAUCCACACUAUUUCGCCUACGCCAACCCCGGUGCAAUCUCCUCCUUCAUCAAAAAUAAACCCCCAACAGCAAUUCCACUCACAUUCCGGGCCAUCUAAUGUACAGCUACAGCCAUCAAAUGAUGCAAAUAACACACGACCACACAACUCUGUUUCCGAUCAUCAGCUAUUUUCAGAAGGCUUUCCUGGCUUCGUUGCAAAUUCAAAUGCAUCAACUACCACCCCGGUGCAUACAUCUGCGGCAUCUUUCGGUACUGAAAAUAUUCCACUUUAUCCUACGGCCCCUGAUGCGCCUAUGUAUCCAUAUCCACCGCCUGCACAACAAUCUAGCUCUCUCGAUUUCCAAGACAAUGCGGUCUUGGAUAGUCAGUACUUCCUAAACGUUAAUAGCGGUGUCAACUGGAAUACUUAUAAUAUUUAA